AUGGAGAGCACUGACGCCAAGCGGCGGCGUGUGGGCAGCGAGCCGGACGAAGUGGUGAUGCCCGCGCCGGACAUGAUGAUGGGCAUGAGCCGGAGUAUGGUGACGAUGAUGCAGUUCAACGAGCAGAAGCAGGAUUACACCAGCAGCCUCUCUAACAUGGAGGAGGACACGCCUGAGUGCGCCAGCAAAAAAGACCAACGUUGGCAGCUUUGA